GUCCACCUCCCAUGCUGAAUGAUCAGCGAAGGACUGCAACAUUUGCCUUCGGUCACUAGUCCCGUUUCCCACCAUCCUGGUACCAGCUCACUUCCCGGGAAACAUGUUCAGUGAGGGUCAAAGGGUGGGAUGUCGAGUCAGUGUUGUUAUCUCCCUAUCACUUCUCUUCCCCUGUUUUGUCUCCCUUUUUUUUUCAACUUUGUCGUUGCUGUUUCUCUCCUUUUCCUUCAUCUGCCAUGUUUGGUGCCUGUUGACCCAACCUUCCUGUAAAUCAUUAGUCACAACUAUGCAGGUCAAAAUCGGUGAGAAGACCACACUGCUGAUCCCUGUGACAUGCAGAGAACCACUUAGGGGGGUUUUCAAACGAAACCUUGACCCCCACAGCGGUCCAGCAGAUGAUGAGACCAAGACGUCCGUCCUCAAACCGCACGAUCUGCGCUCGACGGGGGAAAUGGAAACGGCGCACCGGCACCGGCCGAGAAAUUUCCACUAGUUUGGCCACUCGGAUCCGAACGAGGAGGCCCCAAUAGCCUAAAGAAUUGAAGAUCACCCUGCAGCCUCAACUACAUUCACCCAAGCCAUUCCAUUUGUUUGUUGAACCAGGUAAUUGCCACCGGGUGGAAGGCCAUCGUGUAUUCGAUCUGAUCGAACCCACCCACUUCCGCCCAACAGGAAGAUAGACCGACGCAGGCCCAUCCAACCUGAUCA